AUGAGUAACGAAGCAGUGGCAGGGUUUAUAGUUACAAAAACAAUAUAAUAAAAUCCUUUGAGAUAUUAUGAUGCUAAUUUCAAUGAUUAUCGUGAUAAAAACAUGGUUAUGUAUAUUUAGAAGAAAUAUGCGGAUCUAAAAAAACGAACUGGAGUUAAAAUUUUACCAAAACAAACCUUUGCUAAUACUUAAUUAUAAGUGAAAUUAAAGGCUUAAGAAGGCAAUAAGGAUUAUUAAGGAAAUUAUGAAUUGUAACCCGAAGUAGUAGAAAUCAUGCAAAGGGUUCUUGACAAAGAAUAAUUGGAAAACUUAUUAAAUUUUUAAGUGAUACCUAAAAGAUCUAAAAAUUGGAAGAGAAAACCAAUAUCAGUUUAAUAAAAAUUAGCAAUGUUGAUGAAUGACAAGAUAGAAUAAGCUUAAUUGGAUGAUCUUUAUAAAUGUUACAAACGGUAAAAUCUGAAACAAAAUCUUAAAGAAGUAAAGACAUCUGCAUCCAUGAAAGACACAAAAGAUGCAAACAAAAGUAAUGGGAAACACAAAGGAUAUUAAAAUAUUGAAUUAGAAGACUAGGAACAAGUUAAUUUUUUUAUGAAAAAACUCUGUGAAGAUCAAAAUUUAAAUGCUUGCACAGUUUUGGAUAUCUAAAAUAAUGAAUUAACUUUUAAAGAAGAUUAAUGUGAUGAAAUGGAGAGAUGGAGAAACAUUGUGUAGAAAAGAAUCACAUAAGAAUAGUUAUUAGAGAUCAUGCGUGAAGAAGAGUUAAAACAAAAUAAAGAGCUGGUCAAAAUUUUCAAAGAAACAAGAAUAGAUUAAUUUGAUCCUGAUUUUUAUAAAAGCAAAGUCAAAAUGACAACUAUGAAAAGAGUCAAUCAAGCAUAAGAUUCAUAAUAUCAUAAGUUCUUUGUUUCAACUGAAACUUAAGCUAAUGGUUUAAGUUAAGAAGAUUUUAGAAGGAAAACCCAAUAGUAUCAAUCUCCAAAAAGCCACUUCAUGGAGAAUUUAAGCAAAGUCUCAAGGACUACUAGACCAUAGACUAGUGUUAGUAGAACACUAAAAACCUAGACAAGUAUAAAGACGGAGAUAGAAUUUAAUAAAUUUUUAAAGUAAUGCGAUGUUGUUGAGACUAACUUCAAGAAAGAAAAGCAUUUGUUGAAAGAGAAAUUUAGUUCUCUUGAUAAUAUAAUGGAAAAGGCUAGCCAAUACUUAUCAAUGGAUAAACCUUAAUUUGAGAGAGAACCUAAUUAAGAUUUUGAGAAAUUUAAGAAACAAAGACAAUUUAAGAAGAAAUUUGUGACAUAUUUGAUUGACAAGGUGGAAAAACAAUCUGAUUUAUUGAGUGAAAAAAUAAAGUAAUCAUCAUCGAAAUAAUUCAUUGAGAGAAUUCUAUCAGAAGAAUAAUGA